AUGAACCGGUUCUUCGUUUAUGAGGAAUACGGAGCCAAGUAUGAGCUGAUGAUCAAGGAUGUCGCCUCAGCCCACCGCACGAUGCCCCAAUGGGAUACUUACCAGAGGGGUAUCGAGGCGCUGGCUUCUUCAUUAGGUUCUGCAAACUCCCAUGCCGAUCAAUCAAAGAAGUCAUUGACUAUUGGAGACCUCCUCGUGAAGCCGAUUCAGCGCAUCUGCAAGUAUCCGCUUUUGUUUGCCGAGCUCCUGAAAUACACGCCCGUCGCAGACUGCCCCAACUCCCACAUGGAGGUGGAGAGUGCGCUUCUCCGGUUGCGAGAGGCGACGGCGGAGAUCAACCGGGCAACCAACGAUACUCGGAUGAAGUCUACCCUGGAAAAGACGUGGAUUCUCCAAGAUCGGCUGGCCUUCCCCGAACAAAAGCUAGAUGCUGCAUCAAAGAAUCGGAUCCGAUCAUUUGGCCAUGUCGAGCUUUGCGGCGUGCUGCAUAUAUGCUGGCAAACCAAGGAGGGUGCCAAGGGGCAGUACAUGAUUUGCCUUCUCUACCACAAUAUCCUGUGUCUAGCUUCGGCCAGCAAGGUCGACCAGAUUUAUACGAUCCAAGCAUGUGUCAACUUGAACGGUAUCAAGAUUGAAGAAACGGACAACGGUCGGGGUCUACAGUGUCAUACGGCUCCGUUCUCGUGGAAACUUGUAUUCGAAUGCGACUCCCAACUGUAUGAAAUACUCAUGACUGCAUGCACGCCGCGCGAGCAGGAGGAAUGGCGCCGCAGGUUGUCGAUUCCCAACAAGAGAAAUGAGGAGCAGGUCGAUCCCAACUUGUACAGCUCUAUUGCUCUCCCUAUCCGAAGCCUGGGCACGGUGUUUAGAAAACCAGGCACUGUUGCUCGUCGAAUAUCGAUCCAUCGUGCCACCACCGUGGGCCCGAAGUCGCCCUUGUGCCAGGUCAUUCUUAAGAAUACCAGCGUUAUGCGGGAUGGCUCGGAGGGAACUUCGAGCUCAUCGAUCAAUCGCUCGCAGUCGUUGCUCACAACAGCAAACCCGCGCAUACCCGUUAUUGCUCCUCCACGCGGCGAAAGAGCACGACUAGAGGCUUUGAUGUCUGACAUUUGGAGUCGCGAAGUGCUGCCGUUCCCUAGCAUGAAUAGCAGGUCCCGCAGCGAGCAUCUUGUCCGGAGCUCCGCCAGCACUGUGAUGCGGAAAUUGAGUGUGGCGAGCAUCGCCAGCUCCUUCGCGAAGAGGUCAAACAGCGUGGCUAGCAUAGGCAAGUUCAUGUCGGAGGAUGACUCGGGCGAGAAACAGGAGGACGCACAUCACGGACCUUCCACCAAGCUUACCAAGGCUGAGCCUUUCGACGUUAAGCACGUUUCCGAUGACGAAGCGAGUGAAACAACAACUGCCCGGCUUCCGAAGAUUGACGACGAUGUCGAAUUCAAAAGCACGGUCAGCGCUCCCACGACGCCAAUGUUGGGCCCGGUCAAGCUUGACGUGCACGCCGAUCCAAUUGAGCGGCUGCGGCUAGAAUGUGACAAAGGAGUGGCAGGAAACGCUCUACAUUCUAGGCCGAUUGUUCUGCGUACGGCGUCGGGCAAUAACAUCCCUCGAGCUCGUCGAAGCCCAAUGCCGUCCAAGAGGUCUCCUCGCCCACUGGACGCGGUUAACCAAGCUCGAGCACAAAAGAUACCCAGGCUGUCCCACAAGCCGUCGCUACGAUGGGGAAGAGUUGGAACAUUGAACAAGGAGGACUGGGUGCAGGGCAUCCGAAGCUUCUUCCGAUAA